GCGUCUCAAAAUGGCAGCGGGUGGUUGUUUUGUGUACGCUCUAGUUUUGUGACUCGAGUGCGGUCUCGGUGGUGCGGUGUUGUGUGGUUACGUUCUGUAAGCGGUUGCCUUGUGUGAAAACUGUCAGUAAGAAUCAUGAACCCAUACAUUGCAGACAUAGGGAUAAAUUUGGAUGCUGUGAACUCUGGCCUGAGGGCCGUGAAGGCCCUUCGAUGCACUGUCGGGGAAGUGUUUCGUACUUUGACGGAUGGCGUUCCGUGUUCACAGGGUGACGAAAACAAAGAGAAGAACUUUAUUCUCGAAUUACAAGGAACGCUAGGGGCGGUUAUCUCUCGCAUAAGAGAGUUGGAGACUGCAGUUACGCUGCUUGGUUCUCCUAUUGCACCACUGAAUCUUGGAAGCACUGGCCACUUGUGUCAAGAUCCCACUUUGGACAGGACAUCCUUGUAUACAGACAUGAUUAAGUCAUAUCGGUGGUUUGACAAAGUCCAUGAGCACACAAGUCAUGCAUCAGCCAUUUUAACUCAGAAUGGAUUGAAGAGAUCUAACAGCUCGUUGUUUCCACCAAAACGAUUACGAAGACCACAUAGCAACGGCCACAACUUCUCUCCUCAAAAUGUGGAUGCAUUCAUCGGCAGUGUACAAAGGCAAUUUGUUGACAUGUCAAUUGAGAUUCUGAGGCCAUGUGGCAACUCCGCUGUGCUAAAGAUUACACUGAGCCGGACCUUGAGAGCACUGGUGUGUCUUCGUGGCCUGAUCAUAGAAUGGGUGCUGGUGAAGGCAUUUAAUGAAGACUUCUAUACAGACGAUGACCAGCUCGACAUGUGGUCGAAGUCUCGGUACCAGGUGUUUCAAAAGGUGACAGACCAUGCAAAUGCAGCAAUGCUUCAUUUCUUUUCUCCGCAACUUCCUGACUUGGCCGUUAAAUCGUUCCUGACGUGGCUCCACAGUUACCUGCACCUGUUCUCAGCGCCAUGUCGGAGGUGCGGCACACGACUCCAGCACAACAUGCCACCAACAUGGAGGGACCUGCGCAAUUUGGAUGUUUACCACGAAACUUGCAGGCCGUGAGCAUUCCUUUGGACCACGUCAUGUCUUGAGAGUUCAUCUGAUUUGAGUUGGUUGCUUUAGUUUAGCUUUGCCAGAAGACAGGGCAUAUGCUGAACACUUGUUAAAUCGUCAGCAGGGUCAUUCAACUACAUUGAGACAACCUGCCAUUGCUGACCCACGGCCGCUGGAUAAAAAGAAAAGGUGCGGCCUGCAAUGGGAGCCAACGUGACAGCUGUAGUUGCAUUUUCGGCCGCUUGGCUGCGCCAAACGGCGCUAGUCAUCGGCGAUGGAAGGCAUCGGCUUCCACGUGCAGGCGCGUUCCUGACGCAUUUUUUAUGCCAAUCCCAGACAUCAGUUCCCAACAUGUGGUGCCACGGUGGAUCACACCGUUUUUGAUGCACGCGGCAGGCUGCACCUUUUUUUAUCCAGAGGCCAUGGCUGAUCCAACGGAUGAGCUGUAUGUACAUGUAAUAAAGAACUCGCAGCCACGUGUGUACACAUGUGUCUUUAUGUGCCUUGCCUUUCUCUCUUUCUCCUUACCAUGCUCAUUGUGGUGCUGUUUGAUCUGGUUUGCUUU